UACCCAUCUUGGUUCGUUUUUUCCUUCAUUGAUGCCGUUUUCAACAUCUUAGAAUACUGCCCUCACGGAACAUUCUCCUCCCUAUUUCCCCUCUCUUACUUACCCCGUAUACUCUCUCAAUCCUUUCCUCUGACCACGGCCUCCAGCGCUCUCUUUCUGCUCCUUCGGUCCUUCUAUUAACAUCAUAACAGACUGCUGUAACACUCCAUUCGUAUUCUAUCUGCCAGCUGACUGAUUGACCUUGAAUGCAAAAUCGGGGAAGAUGACUCUUCCCCCGAGAGUCAAUCGGUCUUCCUUCUUUUACUACCAUCCGCUUUUGUUUAUGAUUAGUAUUACUUAUUUUGGUUCGUGAAAUUGCAGAUUUCUCAAGGAAGGUUGAGAAAAUGGUUGAGAACAAUGAUAGCCAAGUGACCCGUGUGCUCUUUUGUGGACCUCAAUUCCCAGCAUCUCAUAAAUACACGAGGGAAUAUUUGCAAAAUUAUCCAUUUAUACAGGUCGAUGAUGUCCCCCUUGAUGAUGUGCCCUCUGUCAUUGGCAACUAUGAUAUUUGUGUUCCGAAAAUGAAGAAACUGGAUUCCAAAGUUAUUGAUUGUGCAAUUCGUUUGAAGUUGAUAGUUCAGUUUGGUGUUGGAUUGGAAGGUGUUGAUGUUGAUGCUGCUACAAGAUAUGGAAUCAAAGUUGCUAGAAUUCCUGGGAAUGUAACUGGAAAUGCAGCAUCAUGUGCAGAAAUGGCCAUAUACCUGAUACUGAGCCUUCUCAGGAAGCAGAAGGAGAUGCAAAUUGCUGUAGACCAGAAAAGGUUAGGAGAACCAAUUGGAGAAACCCUAUUUGGGAAAACUGUAUUUAUUAUGGGAUUUGGAAAUAUAGGGAUUGAUUUGGCAAAACGCUUGAGACCUUUUGGUGUGAGAAUCCUUGCUACAAAACGGAGAUGGACUUCAGAUUUGCUGGAGUCUUGUCAAACAAAUGAUUCUUUUGCUAGAUCGCCCGCAUUCAACAUUCAAAGUGAUGCCUACAAUUCUCUGGUUGAUAAGAAGGGUGGUCCUGAAGAUCUUUAUGAUUUUGCUAGAGAGGCGGAUAUUGUUGUUGUUUGCUUGCUUUUGAAUAGAGAAACGGCUGGCAUUGUGAAUAAGAGAUUUCUUUCUUCAAUGAGAAAGGGGGCUCUUUUGUUAAAUAUUGCUCGAGGAGGACUUCUAGAUUAUGAAGCUGUUGCUGAUCACCUAGAAUCAGGACGCUUGGGUGGCUUAGGCAUUGAUGUUGCUUGGACUGAGCCGUUUGAUCCUGAUGAUCCAAUUUUGAAGUUCCAGAAUGUCCUAAUUACACCUCAUGUUGCUGGGGUUACAGAAUAUUCCUACAGAGCCAUGGCUAAGGUGAUUGGUGAUGUUGCCCUUCAACUGCACGCUGGGAAACCAUUGACAGGAAUCGAUGCUGUCAAUUGAAAAAGAAAAAAAAAAUUCUACAAGGUCUGUUGCAUGAAGAAAAUUUGCUUAAUUAUCCAUUCAUAUUAAGACAUACUAUUUGGACUGCACUGAGCUUAAAUGAAUUUUGUAUUACAAUUUACAAGCUGAUAUUUGACGAAAAAUCUCGUUUCUGAUGA